GUCGACGUGGACGUGGACGUCGACGUGGACAUGGACGUUGAUGUGGACGUGGACAUUGACGUGGACGUGGACAUGGACGUGGACGUGGACAUGGACAUGGACGUGGACAUGGACAUGGACGUGGACGUAGACGUGUACGUGGACGUAGACAUGGACAUGGACAUGGACAUGGACGUGGACAUGGACGUGGACGUGGACAUGGACGUGGACGAGGACAUGGACGUGGACGUGGACAUGGACCAGGACGUGGACGUGGACAUGGACAUGGACGUGGACCUGGACGUGGACGUGGACAUGGACGUGGACAUGGACGUGGAGGACUUGGACGUGGACAUGGACGUGGUCGUGGACGUGGACUUGGACGUGGUUGUGGAGGACUUGGACGUGGACAUGGACGUGGACAUGGACGUGGACGUGGACGUGGUCGUGGACGUGGUCGUAGACUUGGACGUGGACGUGGACGUCGACUUGGACGUGGACGUGGACGUGGACGUGGACAUGGACAUGGAGAUGGACAUGGACAUGGAGGUGGACGUGGACAUGGACGUGGACGUGGACAUGGACGUGGACGUGGACAUGGACAUGGACGUGGACUUGGACGUGGACGUGGACGUGGACGUGGACAUGGACGUGGACGUGGACGUGGACGUGGACGUGGACGUGGAGGACUUGGACGUGGACGUGGACAUGGAGGUGGUCGUGGACGUGGAGGUGGUCGUGGACGUGGACAUGGACAUGGAGGACUUGGACGUGGACAUGGACGUGGACAUAGACGUGGACGUGGACGUGGACAUGGACAUUGACGUGGACAUGGUCGUGGACGUGGUCGUGGAUGUGGACGUGGACGUGGACGUGGACGUGGACAUGGACGUGGACAUGGACGUGGACGUGGACGUGAACAUGGACGUGGACGUGGACGUGGACGUGGACGUUGACGUGGACGUGGACGUGGACGCGGACGUGGACGUUGACGUGGACGUGGACGUGGACGUGGACGUGGACGUAGACGUGGAGGUGGACGUGGACGUGGACGUGGACGUGGACGUGGACAUGGACAUGGACGUGGACGUGGACGAGGACGUUGACAUGGACGUGGACAUGGACGUGGACGUGGACGUUGACGUGGACAUGGACGUGGACGUGGACGUUGACGUGGACGUGGACGUGGACGUGGACAUGGACGUGGACAUGGACGUAGACGUGGACGUGGACGUGGACGUGGACGUGGACAAGGACAUGGACGUGGACAUGGACGUGGACGUGGACGUGGACGUGGACAUGGACGUGGACAUGGACGUGGAGGACUUGGACGUGGACAUGGACGUGGUCGUGGACGUGGCCGUGGACGUGGACGUGGAGGAUUUGGACGUGGACGUGGACGUAGACACGUGGACGUGGACGUGGACAUGGACGUGGACAUGGUCGUGGACGUGGACGUGGACGUGGACGUGGACGUGGACCUGGACGUGGACGUGGACGUGGACCGUGGACGUGGACGUGGACGUGGACGUGGACGUAGACAUGGAGGUGGUCGUGGACGUGGACGUGGACGUGGACGUGGACGUGGACGUGGACAUGUACGUGGACAUGGACGUGGACAUGGACGUGGACAUGGACGUGGACGUGGACGUGGACGUGGACAUGGACGUGGACAUGGACGUGGACGUGGACGUGGACAUGGACGAGGACGUGGACGUGGACGCGGACGUGGACGGACGUGGACAUGGACGUGGACAUGGACGUGGACGUGGACGUGGACGUGGACAUGGACGUGGACGUGGACAUGGACGUGGACAUGGACGUGGACGUGGUCACGUGGACGUGGACGUGGACGUGGACGUGGACGUGGAGGAAUUGGACGUGGACGUGGUCGUGGACGUGGACGUGGACGUGGACGUGGAGGACUUGGAUGUGGACAUGGACGUGGACAUGGACGUGGACGUGGACGUGGACAUGGACGUGGACAUGGUCGUGGACGUGGUCGUGGACGUGGACGUGGACGUGGACGUGGUCGUGGACGUAGACGUGGACGUGGACGUGGACCGUGGACUUGGACGUGGACCUGGACGUGGACGUGGACGUGGUCGUGGACGUGGACAUGGACGUGGACGUGGUCGUGGACGUGGACGUGGACGUGGACGUAGACGUGGACGUGGACGUGGACAUGGACGUGGACAUGGACGUGGACAUGGACGUGGACGUGGACGUGGACAUGGACGUGGACGUGGACGUGGACGUCGACGUCGAUGGGACAUGGACGUGGACGUGGACGUGGACAUGGACGUGGACGUGGACGUGGACGUGGAAAUGGACGUGGACAUGGACGUGGAGGACUUGGACGUGGACAUGGACGUGGUCGUGGACAUGGACGUGGACAUGGACAUGGACAUGGACAUGGACGUGGACAUGGUCGUGGACGUGGACGUGGACGUGGACGUGGAGGAUUUGGACGUGGACGUAGACGUGGACGUGGACGUGGACAUGGACGUGGACAUGGUCGUGGACGUGGACGUGGACGUGGACGUGGACGUGGACAUGGACAUGGAGAUGGACAUGGACAUGGAGGUGGACGUGGACAUGGACGUGGACGUGGACAUGGACGUGGACGUGGACGUGGACGUGGACGUGGACGUGGACGUGGACGUGGUCGUGGACGUGGACGUGGACAUGGAGGACUUGGACGUGGACAUGGACGUGGACAUGGACGUGGACGUGGACGUGGACAUGGACAUUGACGUGGACGUGGACGUUGACGUGGACGUGGACGUGGACGUGGACGUGGACGUGGACGUGGACGUGGACGUUGACGUGGACGUGGACGUGGACGUGGACGUGGACGUAGACGUGGAGGUGGACGUGGACGUGGACGUGGACGUGGACGUGGACAUGGACAUGGACGUGGACGUGGACGUGGACGUUGACAUGGACGUGGACAUGGACGUGGACGUGGACGUUGACGUGGACAUGGACGUGGCAUGGACGUUGACGUGGACGUGGACGUGGACGUGGACAUGGACGUGGACAUGGACGUAG